AUGUCGGUCCAGCUCAGUGCCGCGCAAGCUGUUGCCGAGCAUUUCCAAUCUCCUGAUGACCUUCAAAAGCUAGCCGCUUUCCGUCAAAAGCUUGAGAACGAAAAGGCGUCCAUUGAUGCUAAGCUCAAAAGUGGCGUAAAGGAUCAACUAGAGGCCACUCGUGAUG